AUGAACCUUGCCGCUAUUAUCUCUUCUGCUGCUACUCUUAUUGCUCUUACCAAUGCCAACGCGUGUGAUGUAACCGCGCUCCAGCCGCUCCUAGUUUCACCGAAUACUACCACGUGUUCUACAAACUCUAAUUAUGUGAUGAGCUCGAUGAAAACGCCUACGGACCACCAGAUGGACAUUAUUUGCACCGACCCUGCUUGCCAAUCAGUUAUAUCGCAGCUCAUGACGGUCGCUCCUAAUGAGUGCACGCUGGGCCCCUUUUCCCUGUACGCCGACCUGAUCAAACCUCUGAACGAUCACUGCAAGGAUAUGGUUGGUUCAACCACUGGCUCAUCCUCUGACGAUGGCUCACAGACCACAACAAGCUCUCCAACCACUACUACCACCACUACCACUAACAAUAACACCGUGCCUCCCACUCCCUCGACCCCCCAGGGUACUACAGUGAACCCGGCGGCUCCCUCAACUGCCGCUCAGACCGAAGCUAACAGUGCCAAUUUGUCCAGUGACAGUGCCAAUUCGCUCAGUGACAGUGCCAAUUCGCUCAGUGACAGUGCCAAUUCGCUCAUUGACAGUGCCAAUUCGCUCAGUAACAGUGCCAAUUCGCCCAGUGACAGUGCCAAUACGGAACCACCCAGCAGCGGUGCCACCAUCGUCACUGUUUCGGCAGGUGCGGUCGUAGCCGCCGUGGUCGCCACCCUUUUCUAG